CCGCCCGCCCCCGGCAAAGAUGGCGUGGCGAGCGCUGCGGCGGGUCGGGCCGGUGCUGGCGCCGCGCUGCCCGCUCCUCUCGCUGCCGCCGCGGGAGCCCGCGGCCCGCAGGCUGGGCACCAGCUCGCUGCUGCUGGCCGCCCGCAAGUUCACAGACAAGCAUGAGUGGGUAUCUGUGGAAAAUGGCAUUGGAACAGUAGGAAUCAGCAAUUUUGCACAGGAAGCAUUAGGAGAUGUUGUUUACUGUAGUCUUCCAGAAGUUGGGACAAAAUUAAGUAAACAUGAUGAGUUUGGGGCUUUGGAAAGUGUGAAAGCUGCUAGUGAACUCUACUCCCCUCUCUCAGGAGAAGUGACUGAGAUUAAUGUUGCCCUUGCAGAUAAUCCAGGGCUUGUCAAUAAAUCCUGUUAUAAAGAUGGUUGGCUUAUCAAGAUGACUGUGGCAAAUCCUGCUGAACUUGAUGAACUGAUGACCGAAGAUGCCUAUGAGAAAUACAUAAAAUCCAUUGAGGACUGAGCUGGAAUAAUGAAAUAAAUUCCUAUAAAAUAUCUCAGUGUAGUUUGUCAUCAAUUAAGGAAAUACUGAAUAUCCAGUUUUGGCAACUUGAAAAAUAUCACUUAAGAUCACAUAUAAAUAAUUACAGUGAUAAAUGUGUUUCACAUCUGUGUACCUGUGAGGAUUUUUUAUUCCGUUGUCUGAUUUGUGUAACUGCAGAUGUUAUCUGUAAUAUUUUGGGAAGCAGAAUUCACUUGCUGAAAUAUAUAGUUCCAUAGAUUAAUUUGACAUCAAAUUUAGUAAUAGCAGCCUUAACAUGUUAAUUUUGUCAUAGGCACAUGACUGUUCUUAUUACCUGGGGACUUUCCUAUUGCUCCCAAACCACCGAAAAGCAGUGUCUUCCUAACCUACUCAUGUUCUUCUUUCUUAAGGUUACAAAGAUGAUACCAAAAAAGGAGAAGCCAUAUCAACUACCUCUCUGUGUGAUUUUUAUUUCUUUAUAUAAUUUACUAAUCCUCUGCUUUCCUUUUUUUUUUUUUUUAAUUGUGUAAUCAAAUAGUGCUGCCUGUGAGGCAGGAGGGAUUGGGGCCCUACCUUCCCCUUUCUGUGCUUUCUUAGUGUGCAAAGCUCCUGCAGUGAUUGUUUAUCAAGGUUCUACAGUGGGUUAUUUGGGCUGUAUUUUUGUCUAGUAAGAACUACCCAAGUCACAAGUAAUUAAGGAAUUAAUUUUACAUCUUUUGCCUGGCAGUUGUGGUGAUUUCAGCAGAGCCAGGUACUUGUAGAAAUUGUGAGAUCAGCAAUAAUUUGACAUAUCCUGUGUCUGUGUGUGUCUGUAUUUAAAAUCAAGUACCAAACUGCUCUAAUGACUCCACAGGACUGAACCCAAAACUUACCUGUUGCAAACCAGUGAACUAAAGCAGCUGAUUCCAUUAGAAUUAAUAUUUAAUGAAUCCACAAAUGUCAACUCAAAGUUGAUGUGACAUCUGAUGAUAAGAUGGAGUUGUACACACCUGCACUUUAGGAAAACACAGUAGUACAGCAGAGUUUUGGUCUUAAACUUUUCCCCACAAUUAUAAAUGGUUGUGAGCAGCUAAGCACAAAAAGGGAACAAACCCCAACAAUUUAGGUCAAUGUAAGAGGAAGCAGGGGAACGUUAAUUCCUGUGAGAUGACUAAAGUAAAAUUCAUAUUGCUUUGAGAGUUCCUUCUUUCUUAAGGGAUGUGAAUCACUGGCCUUCUAAAGUGCAUAAAUACACUGCUGGUAAUAUAGAAACCUUUCUAAUGUAUAAAAAAGAGGGUUUCUUUUAUGAUCUGAAAGGAUGUCAAAGUAAUUGCUCUGGUGGUUUUUGGGUUUAGAUCCUAGGAGCAAACCUUUGCUGCACAAGUCACACAUCAAAGCCCUGCCAGGAGAGAAUCCACUGUGUAUUUAAGAUGGUUUCAUCUUCUCCACAGGAGUUAAACUGCAAAAUGAGUAAGAGGAAAGAGGGAGUUUGACUGUUCCUCUGGAGCUCUAACUUGGCAGUGGCUGAUAAACAGAAGGCUCUUGUAAACCAAGUGUAAAUGUUUUAAAAACUCUCAGUCCUUAUCCAUUAUUCACAGUUCCAUGCAGUAUUUAUUGAGACAACAUUCAGGGCUCAGGGAGCUGGGAGCUUGGGCCUGGCCUCUUACAAACUCCCUGCCUCAGUUUGCACUUCGGAAGGGAAAGAGAAAGUUUGUUUCCAAUACAGUAAGUGUGGGCAAAUGGAGGUAGGAAUGCAGGAAAAUGUUUCUAUUUGAUACUGUUUCUUUCAUCAGCUUUUAUCCCACUUGGCUAGAGAGUAACAGGCCCUUCGUUAUUUACCAUGUAACAUGUAACCUUUGUUGGUCUCCUCAAAGAGGUUAGUCCCGAGUACUUUAGGGCAUUUUUAUACCAUUUUCCCUUAAAAUGUUUGUAUUCUUUUAUUUUGAUCAAUAAAAUAGUAAUUUCUGUCAUGACCUAGGGAACAAUAAAAGCUGGCAAACCUGGUCUGUUCUCAAACUUUGCCCAUUUAAACUGUAUUAGCAGCUUACCUACAUCAGUCUGGAUAAAUGACAACUGUCUGGGAAAAGUACCUGAAAAAAACAUCAAACUUUUUCACCAGUGUGUGCUCCUACAGAUAAGUAAUAAAGGAGGUGAUUUCUUACAAAAAUAAGCACUUCAUCUGUGACCUCUUAAGAACUUAACAAUUACAAUUACAGGAUAAUUUAUAUACGUUAUAGAUUCAAUAUAGAGAGAUUUGCUUUACAGCAAGUUAUAAUCCCACAACCAAUAAUUACAUCUCUGUAUCUCCUGGGGGUUAAUUACAUCAUCACCCUUCUUUGUGCCAACACUUCCUCACUGUUCCCCAAAUACCUCCUUUACCUCCCCAAUUAUCUAUCUGACUAAUAGAAGCUAAACUUGGAACUAAGUUUUGCAGUCCAUAUUUUAUUUUCCAAGAUUUUUAUCUACAUCAGUCCCCAAAAGCUUGAAUACCUUACAUUUUUUUCUGAUUUUCAGCCAGUGGGGUGCUGCAUCUCUCUGUGACACUUGGGCUUGUAAUGUGUAUAGAUAGAAAUCAUGUAUUUGUUACUUCUUACUAGAGAGAGAGAAAAAUAAUCAGUGUUUAAAACAGAAAGAACAAAACUACUAAAAUACUUGGCAGUGUUUUGAUGAGCAUAAAAGAAGGGCAAUGUCUAAAUUAGCAGUGAGACAAUCUGUUAAGCAGCUCUGAUUAGAAGUGCAGCAAAUCUCAGUAUCCAAUGCACUGGUGUCUGCAAACCAGUGAUGGCCUGUGGCUGAGGAUCCUCUUUCCUUUUCCUUCACACUGAUAGGGUGGGAAUCCAAAAUCUCCCCAUAGAAAUGGUUCCCAUCACUGAGUUUUAAUUUUCGAGACUGAGGAUCCUCUUUCCUUUUCCUUCACACUGAUAGGGUGGGAAUCCAAAAUCUCCCCAUAGAAAUGGUUCCCAUCACUGAGUUUUAAUUUUCCAGACUGACACAGAAAGGACACGCCAUCCAUCUUCAGCCCAGCUGAGUGGAUAAACUGAACUGCAGCAAUCAAUCAACCUCUGGGCACUCGAGGCUUCUCUGCUGUGGUGUGGGGAGCUCACACAGCAAAGAGCAAAGGGAACUGCACCACCUGCACUAAAUAUUCUGGAGAAGAGAAAGCAAACCUGAGAAUAUCGCAGAAUUACUUAAUAAACACAGGUCACCGGUGGAAAAAAUUCUUCAGGUCACAAACGGUGCUCUGGCAAAAAGGACUGCAAGUAAAAACAGGAAUUAUUGCCCGAUUCACCACACGGUGGCACUUGGAGCCUUGGAGCCGGGCAGGGAGCUCCCGGGGCUGCAGGCUCAGCGCAGCUCAGGGACCUCCAACUCCCCCAGGGCAACUGCGAGAGCAGCAAAAAGAUGAAGACGCCAUUGGAAAUGUUUAAAACACACAAACGCAUUUCUCACAGCACUGCAUGUAACAAAGAAAUGAACCUAAACCUCCUUUCAUUGUACCCAUUGUUAUGUGACUGAAGUGAUGGAAAGCAGCAUCCCUGGGGAUUCUAUUCCCAGGGAACAGGAGCUCAUGCCUGUGAGGCAACGUUAAAACUCUGGAGCAACGUCCAACCAUUGCAAAGUACCACCAAGAAAUGCUGCAGCUGGCACAGACCAAUUCUGAGAGCAGCUUAGGAGUGUCCUUGAUGUGAUUUUCUCCUCUCUCCCCACACUCCUUGAGACAGUCCAAGAACAGUCCUUGGCAGUAGAAUUGACUCUGUGGUAUCUGGAUUGCUCAGAGUUUGCCCACAAUAUUGAUGGCUAUCUCCUCCUGACAAAGCACAACCCAGUCACUUCAGACCUGAUCUAUUUUAAUGCAGUAUAAGUAUCCUACAUCCUUUGCUAUUAGGCUGUUUUAUUUGUCUUUUGUUUAUAGUGCUUAAUUAUUUAUGCUGUUGAAUGUAUUUUGUGUAAGGAGCAUUUAAAUGCAGGUACAGCACUUGUACCUUUCUCUGCCCAUGAAAGUCAAUCCACAGCACAGGAGGAUGAGUCUGCACUUCUCAGGACACAAACUUCUGCUUUCUGCCAUCACCUGCCUCCCUUCUUUACUGCGUGGGUCUGGAUCAAGAGGAAAUUGAGUGUUCUUGGCAACUCCUGGCUGUUCUGAGAAGUCCUCACUUGUGCCACAACUGGUAAGGCAAAGCCAGUGGUAAAAGUGGUGUAAGAUCACCCUUGUACAGCUCCUUUUUCCUGCACUGCAUCACCCUCAUCCACGAUUAUUAUUAUUAUUAUUAUUAUUAUUAUUAUUAUUAUCAUUAGCAGUAGUACAACUGUCUGAAUACUUCAAUAAUUUUAACUCCUGUUAUUAAUAAGACUAUCUACAACAUGUAAUUCUGAUAUAAGACUAUCUACAACAUGUAAUUCUGAUUAAUCAUCAGAUGAAAUACCAUAGUCAUGUAAUGUCCCGUGGAAUGGUGAACUAAAA